UAUCGUCUGCACAAACAUUGUCUGUGCUCUCAAUCAAGCUCUGCUGCAAUUCACAAGGUUGUACAACAUGGGAAAACCUUCUACUUCUAUGAAAAAUACUAAAAAAGAGUCAUACAAGUACUGCAUUGUGCCAAGUUGCAGAAAUACAACAAUAAGAGCACCCGACAAAGUGUUUUUUCAUGUCCCGGGAGAUACCGAAAUAAGGAGAAAGUGGUGUCAAAUUAUGAACAAAGACAUGCCAUCGCCAUCAACUUCUUGUUAUUGUUGUGAAGAUCACUUUGACGUAGAAGAUAUGGAGUAUAGAAUGAUGAAUUUGCAAGACAUUGAAAAGUCUAAACUAAGAUUAAAGAAAGGUGUUCUUCCUCACAAAUUUCCAUGUGAAAAGCUACCGCCAGUGAGAAAAUAUUUCUUAAAGAGAAAAUAUUUAGAAAUAAUAGAUAGCACUCCAUCGUCUAAGAGUUCUUUAGAAGCAGCUCCCAAUUUGCCUUCAUCUCACAAACACACUGAAAAUGAGAACAACAUGCUCAUUGACGAUCCCGUUCAAGUCAAUAGAGAAAUAGACAAUUUGUGUGCAAAGACCAAAACUGCAUCUCAUAUUUGCAUUCCAUCAAAAAUGACAUCAACACCUCCUUUAAAUUCAUAUUCCAAAACUUGGAUAAUUCCCCAUCACGCACACGCAGAACCCUGUUCGAAUACUGAAUUAGGAAGUGAAACUGAAUAUCAACUGGAGAUCAGUCUGGAGGGGAGCAGCGGGCCCCCUCCCGCGCGCUUCACUCAACACCUGGAUGUCAAACCUGACCCACUGUGUACUGACAAUGACAACACAUGGGUCGUUAACCACAAUUUUACAGACUCUGAGAGUAAAUACUUUCAUAUCAAGACCGAACCAGAGGAUGAUGUACCAGCAUCUCCACUUUAUUCUGCGCAAGACCUGGAUGUGAAACCUGUUCCACAUACAGACACAAACAUCAAGGAAUUUGUAUCUGAAACCAAUAUUUAUGAAUACAUAAAAAGGGAGCCACAAGAAGCAGCGCCGAGUGAGUCUCAGUUGUACAUAAUAUUGGACAAGAGUAGAGAAGUCGACGCAAAAAAUUAUAUUAAACCAGUUGAAUUUGAUAAUAUUAAAAAGGAGAUUGACGACACAUCAUAUAAUAAUGACUUAAAUACAGCAAUUUCAAUAAAAUCUGACGGAGAUGGAUGCAGGAGAAUAACAGUGAUGGAAAAGUAUCCAAAACUGAAAGUGGUUCUCACAGACUGUUACACAUCUCUGUUGGACAGUGAGUGUUACUGUGCGCAGUGCGCGGUGUUGUUCGCCACCGCGGAGGCGCGCAGUGAACAUCACACGAGCACGCACGUCGAGUCUGCACUUGUGACUUGUAACAAGUUGACUGACACAGGCGACAUUUGCAUGAAAUCAUUUGGGAAUAGAGGACAUUUGAAGAGACACAAUUUAAUCCACACAGGGGAGAAGCCAUACGAGUGCGAAUCUUGUGAGAAAAAAUUCAAGACUCGAUUCCAAUUGAACAGACACAAACCGAUUCACACUGGUGAGAAGCCAUUGAAAUGUGAACUUUGUAAGAAAAAAUUCAGAAAACUAAGCACUUUGAACAAACACAAGUCAAGUGACUAUGGCCAGAAGCCAUACGAGUGCGAAUCUUGUCAAAAAAAAUUCAGACAAGUGCAACAUUUGAACAGACACAAGUUAAUUCACACUGGCGAAAAGCCAUUCGAGUGUGAAAUUUGCCAGAAAACAUUCAGUCAACUAAGCAAUUUGGAUAGACACAAAUUAAUUCACACUGGCGAAAAGCCAUUCGUUUGUAAGAUUUGCGACAAAUCAUUUAGAGAGCAAUGCACCUUGAAAGUGCACAUUUUAAUUCACACAGGAGAACGACCAUUUGAAUGUGAAACAUGCCAACAAACAUUCACGAGACAAGGUCAUUUGAACAGACACAAGUUAACCCACACUGGCGAAAAGCCUUUCGAGUGUAAAACUUGCGGGAAUAAAUAUCGUGAUAUAAAGAAUUUAAGGAGGCACGAGAUAAUCCAUACCGCCGCACAGCCGCUGCUGAUGUGAGCCGGCAAGUUGCAAGUGUCCACCACACGGCGAACAACUAGUAAAAGGUCAACAUUUUAACACAUAUUAUACUCACGACUGUAAUCCCCAAAACAGCUAUGAAGUUUAUGUUCAGAAAAUAGGUAAAGGAUAAGUGGGGAACUGCGCGGAACCCAUUACUGUUAACUAAAAAGAAAUAAAAAAACAUGUAUUUAAUUAAGAAAACAUUUACUGAAAACUAUUAAAGCCAAUUUUUAAUGUGGCAUCAUAAUGUAGAUCUAGGGGACCACUCUACAUCGACGAGCGAACAAGAAUCGUCACGCAAUCGGCGCGCUUAAUACAACGAGCUAGAGCUGCGGUUAUCUUUGAUUCUUGUUGGUUCGUCCUCUGUUUAUAGUCUUACUGCAUAGGUACCAACUACCAUCCCAUAUCUGGCCGAUGCUGCCUAAUUAAAUCUUGUUUAACGUCUUCUCAAUGAAUGAAUCUUGUAUGAAAAAUACUCGAUACAUUUGUGACCCCAAAUCCAUAGAUCGUAUUUUAAGUUUAGAGGACGUUUACAAAUUGUCUUGGAAACACAGGAGUUGAGACUAUUUGUGGCAGUCGUAAUUGGUAAAUGGCUAUGGCUAUUUUAAUUAUACAAAAAAAAUCUAUGAAUUCGGGGUAGCUAUUUACUUCUUCGCAAUCGUUAGAAAAUAAACCGUUAUUUUUUUA